CGCACCUUUCUGGAAAAACUGAACACAUAAAUUUAUGUGUCACCUAAACACAUGACGACACUGAGCCCCCAGGCAGGCCCUCGGUGCUCGCUCAGAAACAAUUCUGCGAUCAAGUGUAAUCUUGUUGCAAAAGAUGCGAAGACGGAGUUCUGAGCGGUUCUCGCAGGGGGAGGACAUCCUGAACUUAUCUAGCGGGCCUUGGUCGCUGACGUGAUAAGAUAAGAUAUGAUUAGAUAUGAGUGGGGGCAUACAUACAAAUUACAAAUGACUCUGAGGGAUGCCUUGUUCGGAUCGUGACAAGUCCUGCUGUGCAAAUUAAUCGUGCUUAGCUUUCUUUCUAUCCAUGGCGGACCCGAUUUCUGCCAUUAGUUUCGCCGCGCAAAUGUUCUCUAUGGCGAUGGAUGCUUACAAGAUAUUUCGAAAAGCUCUUGCGUUUCCAGACAGUGCCGAGAAGUUGGUUUUGAGAUUAAAGGUGGAAUAUGUCCGACUACAGCUUUGGGGCAGAAAUUCUGGCUUGGAUCGAGGGUACCUCCCCCUUCAAUUUCAACCAUUUGAGGAUGUCGUUCUUGAUUUACUAAAAAGGUUGACGAUGCUUUUUCAGGAUAGCGCCAAAUUGCGGGAGAAGUAUGGAUUAAUGUUAGUAGACGAGUUGGACAAAAUCCCGGAAAACUUCGGCACUUCGGAGGCUCAGAGGACCGCAUCAUUCUUUCGAAUCAAAGAGGCAUGGAGGGGUAUCGCCAAACUUGAUCGUGUUAGGUCUGGUCGUGAAGACAACUCUGCUUCUAUGACAAGUCGCCUCCGAUGGGCAAUCUCCUCCCAGUCCCAGUUUGAGGCACUCAUCCUCGAAAUUCGAGGAUUCACAGAUAGCUUAAACAACCUGCUCAAAGAAUCCCAACAACUCACCUUGCUCCGGGACUGGGAUAGAGUCCAACUUGACAUGCUGUCGAGGGUUGAAGACAUUGGAAGCCUGCGCUUGGUGCAAGAUGUCACCGAAGGAUAUUAUGAGUGCGAAGGGAUUUUCGACAUGGCCACGCGCAAGGCGAUAGUGGUAGCAGAUGAACUUCCCACUGGGCUAUCAUUGGGUGACCAGACUGUAGACUUCGCGGAUUCUGCUCAGGUUGUUAAUAGUAGCCGCUCAAUCGCGGUGAUGCAGAAGGCCGAUUUUGAUCUUCCAAACAACUUUCCCGAGGUCGCGCGAUGCCUUGCUCGUUAUCGAAAUUUGGAGCAUCCAUCAAGUUUGGUUCUCAUCGAGAAAAAACGUUAUCCUGCUGAGCUUUCAGCAGAACAUCGCGAGUUAUUGCGUGUCCGAAUCAAAGCUCUUAUCCACUUAUUAAAUUGUUCCCGUCAAGACCGACAAAGUCUUCCUUUGUGCUUGGGAUACUGGCACGAUCUCGAGGAUUCUUGCUGGUGUCUUGUUUACAAUAUACCCUUACCGCUCCCAGGCGACGGAACCGUUCGUCAGAUCCAGUCAUCUGUCCAGCUUCGCACAUUGCUUCACUUCAUUCGCGAUCCUGCGGUCCGGCCACCCCUAGAGCACCGAAUACAACUAGCAAGUUCUAUCGCCAGAGUCCUGUCUCGUUUGUUUGGAAGCCAAUGGCUUCAUAAAAGCAUACGGAGUGAUAACAUUGUCUUCAUUAGGCGUGGGGACCGCCAAUAUCUCUUGACCGAUUCACCACUAAUUUUUGGCUUCGAAUACUCCAGACGGUACACAGAAGCCAGUAUCGACCUGAUCAAUAUGGAUCUUGCUCAAUCUAUUUACCGUCAUCCGGAGUACCAAGGUAAUCAAAGAGAUAGGAAGAAAUAUCGUAUGGCAUACGAUGUCUAUUCUUUUGGUUUGAUGUUGGCUGAAAUAGCAUUGUGGACACCCCUGCUUACAAUUUACCAGGAGAGACUGAAGAGACGUCCUACAGAGCAGAGCCCCGCCUUUCUGGAGCCACAGGCGAUGAAUUUGAGGGAAGAAAUGGUCAAGAUAGCCGAAAGGCAGUUGGCAUUCAAAAUCGGGUCAGGAUAUCGAGACGUCGUGUUAUGGUGUCUUAAGCAGAGUCAAGGCUUCAUGACAGCUGAUAACGAGUUGGCUGCAAAGUUUUAUUCAGAGGUCGUAAUACCUCUGGAAACUAUAUCCCAGACGUUCAGAUAAUUUCCAUGUUAAACGUUGAACAAACACUUGUAUCAUACUAAUUCUCAGCUUGCAAGUAGAUGGUCGGAGACAGGGUGGAAAAUAGGGGAAAAUAUAAGAUAUUGUAAAAUGAUAUGUAAGCGCCACACUAGCUCGCCCUUUGUUCGUGGCAUCGUACUACUACCACUACGCCGAUACAGCUAUGGAGGCCAGAUUAACACGUCGUAAACACACG